AUGGUGGUGGAGAACCAGAACCAGCAGAGGGUGGAGGUGAAUAUCCUGCUGCUGGGAGCCAGACACGUGGGGAAGAGCGCCCUCACGGUCCGGUUCCUGACCCGGCGGUUCAUCGGGGAGUACGGAGACAUCGAGUCGGUUUACAGUCGGGUGGACAGAAUCGACGGCCAGGACAUCUGCAUCAACAUCUGGGACUCGCAGGCCGGCCAGGACUCGGCCUCGGCCAAGCAGCUGCAGUGGGCGGACGGCGUGAUCCUGGUGUACGACAUCUGCGACGCCGCGUCCUUCCAGGCGGCGCGCCAGCGGCUGGCGCUGCUGCGGCGCAAGCCGGCGUCGGCGCGGCCGCCCGUGGUGAUCGUGGGCAACAAGCGCGACCUGGCGCGGCACCGGCGCGUGUCCGGGGAGGAGGGCCGGCUGCUGGCGCUGUCGCAGCGCUGCGGCUUCUUCGAGGUGUCGGCGGCCGAGACCUACCACGGCGCGCUGCUCGUCUUCCACCGCCUGGUGCACCUGGUGCGGGAGACGCGCGCGCUGCGCAAGAGCUCGGCCGGCGUGCGCGGCAUCGUCCGCAGCGUGUCCGCCGUGUUCGGGAAGAAACGGGCCGAGUAGGCCCCGGUACCGGUACCGGUUGUGAGGGGACUGACGUGGGUCCGGUGUUCUGUCCAUCCAUGCUGCCCUUUGUGAUUCUGCACAGUCCAUUUUCAAAGUUUGAUUGGCCAUAAUUUCUUGCAUCCCUUCAGUCCACGCUGCUCUUAACCAGGGCUGGGGAUCAAUUAAAUUAUCAAGAUUCCAUUCGAUUCUGAUUCUUGAGAUUCAGAAUCGAUUAUCAAGAUUCGACUUGAUCCGAUUCCGAUAUUGAUUUGGGUUAGUGUUAUUAAAACUGUUUUUUGAGCAGUUGCAUGAAUUAUAUGACUGUAGUUCUGCAACAUAUUAAUCCUAGUAUUAUAUUGAGAUUCAACAGCAAGUAUUGCAGCUAAUGAUGCUGUAAGGACCAAUCAGCUCCCAGAAUGCUGAUAGAACUGAAACAGAAACAUCGUGGGGCAGAAUUACCAAACAGACGUAUGAAAUUGUUUUUUUUCCCCCAUAUUCAGUUUUAUUUUUUUUUUAUUUUUGGUCUAUUUCAGUUUUUUAAUUUUUGAGAAUUUGGUUUUUUGCAUUUUAUGCAAAUGUAACCCCAAGACAGUAUGUAAAGUAAUGAAAUAUAGACAAUUUAUGCAAUUAUAACUGAAAACUUUAAUGUUUUCAUACCUUUAAACAUAUUUAAAGGCAAAAACAUGGCACCAGUUAUUCUAGUGUCCAAAAAAACAUUUCUUUUUUGGGCAUAAACAAAAAAAUACCAAAAGUUGUAAUGUAAUGAUGGAAAAAAAGCAAAAAUCGAUAGACAAACGCUAUCGGUAGCAUUUUUUGACAAGGCAGCAGAAAUCGACAGAACACCGGUGCUGGUUCCGUGGGGACCGAGGCGGGUCCCGGACGGGCCCCGGGCGAGUCCCGGACGGGCCCUGGACGGGCCCUGGACGGGCCCCAGACGAGUCCCGGA